AGUGCCUUAAUUACAAAAUAAAUGAAAAAUUAAAGAUCUCUUCCAUGUUCCUUUUAACUACCGUUCCUUUUCAACGCUAACUCAUCGACGCUAAUUUGACAGACAAAAAAAAGUUAUAAAACCAAGGGAUUGCGAUUUUAUUCUAAACUUCUUUAAAACCGGCGUACUGUCAGAAAAGGCGGCAGUCAGGAUUUUGUAGUGACUGUUCGAUAAAUUCUAUCUGCCAGAACCGAUAAGGACUGGUUACACUGGUCAUCAGCUGAUUGCGCUCGUUUGACAACACUGACAACGAAGCAAUUCCAGAAAAAUUGGAAAACAAUGCAAAACAAGGAAUUGCGGCGAAGCGACCGCUAAAAAUGAGCUGCAGACUUCGCCAGUAGUGCAAACUAGAUAAGGAGCCAUGUUUAGGAAACUGCUCAGGAUGUGGGUGCUGCUGCGUCCCACCCACUGGCUGCUCUUGAUUGCCCUGUGCGUGCUCACCUGCGCUGGAUACUGGUUGCUUUGGUCGGAAGUUCGCUUCGAACACGCAGCCUUUAAGCCACUGUCCAAGCUAACCGCCAGUGGCAGCACCCUGGGAGAUGGACAUGCUUCGCCCGCAGACGACUUUGACUACGAUGCGGAUCUAGUGGUGCUGUAUAACCGCGUGCCAAAGACAGGGUCCACCAGCUUCGUGAACAUUGCCUACGACCUGUGCAAGCUAAACAAAUUCCACGUCCUGCACAUCAAUGUAACUGCCAACAUGCACGUCCUGUCGCUGCCAAACCAGAUACAGUUCGUGCGCAACGUGUCCCGGUGGCACGAGAUGAGACCAGCCCUCUUUCAUGGCCACAUGGCGUUCUUGGACUUCUCCAAGUUCCAAAUCGCCCAGAAACCCAUCUACAUAAACUUAGUGCGUAAGCCCCUGGACAGACUUGUCUCCUACUAUUACUUCCUUCGCUUCGGCGACAACUACAGACCGAAUUUAGUGCGCAAGAAGGCGGGCAAUAAAAUAACCUUCGACGAGUGCGUGGUGCAGAAACAACCAGACUGUGAUCCCAAGAACAUGUGGCUGCAAAUCCCUUUCUUUUGCGGCCAUGCAGCCGAGUGCUGGGAGCCCGGCAGCACUUGGGCCCUGGAGCAGGCUAAGCACAAUCUGGUCAACGAGUACUUUCUAGUCGGCGUCACCGAGCAAAUGUACGAAUUUGUCGAUCUCCUAGAGAGGUCACUUCCAAGAAUUUUCCAUGGCUUUCGCGAGCACUAUCAAAACUCAAAUAAAUCUCAUCUCCGAGUUACCUCAUCCAAGCUGCCACCGAGCGAGCUCACAAUUCAAGCAAUUCAAAAGACAAAAAUCUGGCAAAUGGAAAACGAUCUCUACGAGUUUGCACUCGCCCAGUUCGAGUUUAACAAGAAGAAGCUAAUGCAGCCGGACAACAAGCACCUGCAGAGGUUCAUGUACGAAAAGAUACGGCCAAAAUGAUUGCAGAGGCGUCGCCGUCGGAGCCGCGGACCCAGACUCAGGUCCCUGACUCGUGUGUAGUGAACAGGCUCUUAUGUUUGUAUUGUAAAUACGCGCAAUUCCCCCUGAGAUUUGAUCCUGUACUUAAAGGGCAACCUUAACUCUUAAGCGACACUAAAGACUUUAGCAGUGAAUAUCGUUGGCAUAUUUAAUAAUCGAACCUUUGGUACAUACAUACGUAGUGUAAAACCGGAGAACACGCUUCUCUAUUUGAAUGUAAGUAAGCAAUAUCUAGCAACAAUUGUCUGCACAAUAUCUCUUGGUUUAGUCAAAUGUACGUUUUAUACUCGACAAUACAGAUAAUGAAUACGGAGUAAUUCGAUGUAUGCAUAAGUUUAUUCACACAGAUAGUUGACAUAGACCUAAGACCACACUCAAUAAUUGUAACUGUCAUAAUAGGGUAGGCUUAGAACGAUCAAAUGAAUUUGACAUUCAAAUUAAAUGCAUGUAAAUAGUGGAUAA